AUGCUCGCGGGCAACCAGCGGGCCUCGCUGCUCUUGCUCAUCGAGCAGAGCGCGACUCGCGCCGACACAACGUUGCGUCGCGAGCGGGCGGCAACGAGCCUCCAGGCUUACAGGGCGAAGCUGGCUCACCUGGAAGUUGUGACGAAGCUGGCUACCCUGGAGUGGUGGUGCUUCGGCACGCCCUACACUGCCUUCCGCGAAUCGAAGACGCAGAGGGUCAGCACCGUGGCCACCCCUCGCACGGCAGGGGGGAACCGCUCGCGGGUGGCUGCCCCCGACGCCACCGGCGACGACGACGAGAUGCCGCGCUUCCUCCAUGACGCAGAGGCGCAGCUUCGCCAGUUCCAAGGGUCGUGA